AUGGUGCUUGGCGGCGCAGUCAAGGUAGUCAAGGGUGACAACCUCAAGACCAGCGGUGCGCAGACAGAAGGAAUGAUCCGUAUGAACGCCAUCGCAGACAUGUCCGACCAGAUAUGCGGCACGGUCAUGGUAGCCAAACCACACACGACUUCCGCCGUCCACCACCACGGCAACGAAGACACAAUCAUCUACGCCGUCAGCGGCCACGGCAGCAUCGUCAGCGACAACGGGCGCACGCGGCAGGAACUGGGUCCCGGUGACUUCGCGCUCAUCCCUGCCUUUGCACAGCACCAGGAGAUCAACGACAGCGACGCCGACGUCGUCUGGGUCAUCACCCGCGGCGGGCGGUCGCCCGUCGUCGUCAACCUCGACGGCUGGGGCCAGGAGCUGCGCCGCAAGAGCGACGCCAACAGCUACCACCGCCGCGACAGCAGCGAGGCGGGAAGCAGCUAUGGCGGUAGCCCCGUGGGGAGUAGGCGGUUGUGA